AAAAAAAUGGGCAAUGCCACUGUAACAUUAGAAAGAGGUUUAUCACUGAUGGACAUCCUUUAGAAUAGUUUUAUGGGGCUUUAAAGAAAAACAGAAAAAAAGCCUUGUAUGUAAAAACAACAGCUGCUGAAGAUCACUUUAAAUUUCAGAACUCCAGAAGCUAACUGGCUGAAUAGUACUUCUGCUACAGGUUUGCUACAGGUGAGUCACAUGACUUUAUUCCACAUUAAGUUCACUGGACUCAACUGACAGAGCUUGGUCUAAAUGAUGACUUAAUUUGUAACUGAGCAGAUUUGUUUUAGAGAAUCUCCUUGGUGACUCCAAGCCAGCGUUGAGGCACUGUGUUUUAUGUGCACGGACAAAAACAAGUACAGUCAGGAAAAAAUGCCAAGUAAAGCUCAAGAGGAUGCUGUGAUUAAUAUGAAGUCAAUACAAGAUAUUUCAAAGCAGCUGGGCUUUGAGUGGACAGUUCUUGCGUAUGAGCUGGGCUUCAACAGAACUGAAGUCAGGCAGUUUCACUCUACUUCUAAAGAGAAGAGGCUCCAGGCCAAGAGCAUGCUGGAAUCCUGGUAUGAGAGGUCUUGGGACAAGCCUAACAAGACUAAAUUGCUUCAGGAUGGUCUGGAGCGAGCUGGCCGCCGAGACCUGGCUGAGAGGCUGCGCUGUCUGCACUGGGGUCACCAGAAACUCAGCCGGCGAGUGGAGCUUCCCUCUGCCUUUCCCUUUCUCAUCACAGUACACAAGACCAUCGAAAAUAAGGAUGCUCUGCGCAGAAUCAAUGAACUCAAUCGCAGCUACAACUAAUGUCACUUGUUGGCAAGCAUGAGAAAAAAUUUCCUCAGGUUUGUGUCCUUAAAAAAGGAAAACAAUGUAUAAAUAGGCAUUAUAUGAAAGUAAUCAUGAAGAACCAGUUGUUUGUAGAAAUCUGACUUUUUUUUGUUGAUGUAUCUCCAGGGUCUUCAUGCUUCCAGCUAGCAGCUAUAGGCUGCUGAUCUCUUUUUAUGUAGGCCACAUGAGGCAGCAUUAAUGUUUUAUUGACCUCAAUCCUCUAAAAUCUGUUAAAUCUCUCAAAAUGCUUCUCAAAAUAAAGCUCAUUUUUCCUA